AUGGUCUGCAAAGCACGAGAUGUGGAUGUCCAGAAAGCCACCAACCUUGUGUAUAAAAAGACAUACAAGGAAUGGCGUCUCCAUGAUCUCCAGCUCCAGCGCCGCGUCCUAGCGGCCCCUCCCCGGAAGCGGCAGUAUCGUUCUAAUACAACGGGGCCUCAGAAGCGAGCAAAACACGCCAAGGACAUCAUCCCUGACGCUUGCGACCCUAAGAACAAUACCGCACGUGGGCUCGACCUCGAGGAAGGUCAGCUCGAGGAGGAUCCUGAGUAUUGCGCUAUCGGUCGAGUUUCGCAGAAGACAAUACGCGAGAAGAUGUUGAAGGACCUCAUUUACCCCGGUCCCAAAGACAUCGACGUUACCUACCUCCGGCAUAUGCAGGAGAUCGUCGAUUUCGACUCUUCUCAGAGUGGCGUACUCGGAGUCAUCAGUCGCUGCCGCGUUCCCUUCAACGCGAUGAAGGAUAAUCCACUCGUUGGGCGCGUACUGCGUACAAACCUAACCACAGAGGUGCUGGACGCAGUCAGUAACCUACUCCACAAUACAUCGGAGGAAGUCAAGGAUAUCUUCCUACUUAUUAAGCAACUCGCCGCACAGUUGGCCGAGAAGAACGUCUGCAGGACCCUCGGUAGUCUGGCGGAUUACUUCGUCAACGGCACCAAAGCCCGGUACGGUGUCAUCGACCCUAUCGAUCAGAUAGAAGCCGACAAGGUCGCCGACAAGGUCGCCGAGUACGAGACUGACUCGAACGACAACGAUAGCAAUGCAUCCGGAAGCACAACCGACACCAAGGAACAAGCCACCACUGACGCAGACGCUGGCAAGCCCGUCACUGACAGCACUGAGCCCGGCGUUAAUCCCAGUACUACUACUACCAACACCGGGACCCAAAACGACGACGCCAAGGCCAAGGCCACCAUCACUGCGACCGAGGACACCGAGAUUCCUAUCGACGACGCUGACGACUCUGACCUCGCGACGCUAACUCUAUCCGCGGCAGAUUAUGACCCCUAG